AUGCGCACGGCGCACGUGCUCUUUUUGCUGGUGGCCGGAUGGGAGAUUGCAGAGGCGAAGAGUCGGCAUGGCCGGAAGAAUAAGAACCCCCCGGGCCCAUCUCGAUCGUCACCGAUGCCUUUUCGAAAAAUGUUUGAAGAUGCGGGGGUGGAGAUCAAUUGCCCGUCAGGCAACAAAGUCUACGUGCAUCCGAUCACCGGCGAUCUGCAGCAGUGCUCACAGAAACUGGGAUUUUACAACGAGACGUCAUGCCCAGGGGGUACGGUGUGCGAGCGGUUCCCGAUUCUCGUGCCAGGGUUUCAGGACUACUGCUGCUGGGAAACGGCGAAUUCGAGUGAGCAGAAGGGGAAAGGGACCACAACGACGGAUCCGGAUGAAGAGUUCCCAUUUCCGAUCGGACGGCCGGACGGCGGUGAGGUCGAGCCGAUUAUUGAUCGGCCACCAGGUGGAGAGGAAGAUCCCGACGACUACGAGCCGUACGGACCGGAUGCGAUUCCGGGAAAUGGGGUGGUGGAUAUUGGAAAUACUGGAGGAGGCGGCGGAGGAUCGAUUACAGGAGGCGGCGAAGAGAAUAAUGGAUACGGCGGCGAGGGAAACGGAGAAGAUUGGGAGGCGGGCGGAGAAGAGCAAAACACCGACAUGAUCGACGACGAUGCGAAUCGUAGCAGCUCACCGGCGUCGGCGAGUACAAAGAAGCCGAUUCGGUUCUCGUCUCGGAAAGGACAUUUAAAGGAAAUCGGCGACGAUGGUAAAGUCCCGGCCACCAACCAGCACUAUCCAAAUGAACACGGCAUUCGCCCACCCAACGACCAAGAGGAGAGCGAGGAGAUGGACGGCAUGAUGCCGCCGCCCGGAAAUCAGAAUCACGAAAUUCACGCAAAUAUCCGAAGGCCACCACCACAGAUUAAUGUCGGACCACCGGCACCGCAAGGGUUUAAAUGCGAGAAUAACGGCGUGAUGAUGGGCGGUGGGGGUAAUUGUGGCGGAGGCUGCCCGGCGAAUUGUGGAUGUCCGAUGAUGUGUGGAUGUCCUUUUGGGUGGGUU